AUGACAAGCCGUAUAAAGAUUGCACUUUCGGACAUCAAAAAAGCACAUGAAAGGAUUUCACCGUACAUUCAUUUUACACCGUACUUUACAAGUUCUACCCUUGAUUCAAUCGUUGGAAGGAAUGUGUUCAUUAAAGCAGAAAAUCUGCAAAAGACAGGCUCUUUUAAAGCCAGAGGGGCAUUGAAUGCAGUUAUAUCAUUGAAAUCAAGCAAUCCAGAUGUCAGAGGAGUUGUAACCCACAGCAGUGGAAAUCAUGGACAGGCCUUGGCCUGGGCUGCCAAGACAGCCAACAUUAAGUGUAGUGUGGUGGUGCCAAACAACUCACCAAAGAUCAAAUCCCAGGCUAUAGAAGGCUAUGGUGCAGAAUUAGUGUUUUGUGAGCCCACUCCAGCUGACAGACAAGGGACGUGUGAGAGAGUGGCCAAAGAGCGUGGCUACACCAUCAUUCCACCGUAUGAUCACAAUGAUGUUAUCGGAGGACAGGGUACAAUAGCAGUAGAGUUUUUGAAACAAGUUCCAGAUCUGGAUGCCAUCUUGGUUCCAGUUAGCGGUGGGGGAAUGACCUCAGGGAUAGCAAUAGCAGCUAAAACCAUCAAACCAGAUAUAAAAGUGUUCAUGGUUGAAGUAGAAGGGAAGAUGUGUGAAGAAUGUCUUAGAGCAGGAGAAAGGCUUUGGCCAAACCCUCCAAGAUUUCUGAACACCAUUGCUGAUGGCAUCAGACUGCAACAGCUGGGAGAACUGACGUGGCCAAUCAUCCUCGAGCUUGUAGAGAAAGAGGUCUUCUCUGUGAUGGGAAACUGCGCCUAUGGUCUCCUUUUGAUGGCCAUAUUUUGGAUCACUGAGGCACUACCUUUAGCAGUGACCGCCCUUUUACCCAUAUUUUUGUUUCCGUUGUUGGGGGUCAGCAAGGUCAAGACGCUGGCGUCCACAUACACGAAUAAUAUUACCUUUGUUAUGAUUGGUGGACUCAGUGUAGCCAUAGCCAUAGAAAAAUGGAAUGUACAUAAACGGAUUGCUCUGAGGCUGCUCCUCUCAAUGGGAUCCCAACCAAAAUGGUUGAUGCUGGGUUUCAUGCUGAUCACGUGUUUCUUGUCCAUGUGGAUAAGCAACACUGCUACAACUGCCAUGAUGAUUCCCAUAGCACAAGCUGUCCUCGUCCAGCUCAUGGAGACUAAACAUAAAGAGAGCAAAGAAGGUAUUGAUAAACCUGUGACAGAGGCCUUAUUAGAAAAAGACGGCGUUUGUAUCGAAUGCAGAGACGAAAACAAUCAUCAGAAUGGUUCCAUGAAAACUAAAAACAGCAAUGCAGUUGUAAAAACAGAAAAGAAGGAAUCUGAAUACAGUUUUGACUUUGAGAGUUUAGACCCUCCUUCUAAGAAGCUGGCUAAAGCGUUUUGCCUGAGUAUCUGUUAUGCAGCAAACUGUGGCGGAAUUGGAACCCUGACCGGUACGGGUCCUAAUCUAGUGAUGAAAGGACUGGCGGACUUGCUGUCUAAUGGACAAUCGAUUGUCACCUUCACAUCCUGGUUCAUGUUCGGGUUUCCUCUGGCUCUGAUAUCGUGCUUUAUAUCGUGGCUGGUUCUUCAGAUAUAUUUCUUUGGAGUUAAACCACUGUUUAGUUGUUAUAGAGAAGAUUCUACCCAAGUGCAGGAUGUAAUCAGAAUGGAAUACAACAAACUCGGACAUAUAACAUUUGCAGAGAAGGCCGUCUUAUUUCACUUCAUUUUGUUAGUCCUUUUAUGGUUUUCCCGGGAACCAGAGUUUAUUCCUGGCUGGGGCUCUCUCUUCAAAGAUGGGUAUAUUGGAGAUUCAGUUCCUGCUGUGAUGAUUAUGACCAGUUUGUUCAUGUUUCCCAGCAGAAAGAGAGAGAAGGGUAAUCCUCUUGAUGACGUCAUGGAAAUUCCAAGUUUACUAGACUGGAAAACGGUUGCAGCGCGCAUGCCUUGGAAUAUAACUCUUUUGCUGGGCGGGGGAUUUGCUUUAGCCAAAGCAUGUACGGAAUCAGGGCUGUCUCUUUGGCUUGCCGAUCAAAUGACUGCUUUUAAAGAUGUAAAUUCUUGGUUGAUGAUAUUUGUAAUUACCUUGAUAUCGUCAUUUGCAACGGAAGUGACGAGUAACACCGCCAUUUCCACGCUGAUUCUUCCCAUCCUCGCCGAACUUGCUAUUGGAAUACACAAGAACCCCAUCUAUAUCAUGUUACCUUCUGCCAUAUCAACCUCAUUCGCCUUUAUGUUGCCUGUUGCUACGCCCCCAAAUACCCUUGCCUUUUCCUAUGGGUAUCUGAAAGUGAUUGAUAUGGUGAAGGUAGGGUUUGUUCUGAACAUUCUGUGUGUUGUGGUUGUAACUGUGGCCGUGAACACCUGGGGGAUUCCUCUCCUUAAGCUGGACGAGUUUCCUGACUGGGCUGAGAAAUUCUUGAAGACUUCUAUUGAAAUAAGCACUGGUCUGCCCGAUAAUGGUACAACAAAUGUAUACACAACAAUUUGAUGUCAUAACUGUGUGGCAUCAAAGAUUAUCACUAUGAAUAUAUAGGUAAAUUAAAUCAUUUACAAAAU